AUGAAAGAGCGACCGGUGAUUGUUGAGUGUAACUUUUGGCUUCCUUUGGCACGAUUGCCAGACCGUGAGGUGGGGUGGUUGCACAUAAACGACAGACAAUACUACGUAAAACCACCGAAACGUGAAAAAAUUACCUCAGAAGAACUCACCAGGCUAGGCGACGUUCAGGCACUGGUAGCACAGCUCUACGAAGUACUCAAUGUAGGUGAGCACCAAAUUAGGAAAGAGCGGGAUCUAACCAGUAAACUGGAAGAACUUAACGAAAAGCUAGGGCCGCUUGAGGUUAAAAAAACCGAACUGGAUCAGAAAGCCGCCCGACGAACAAGUGUCCUAACCUGGAUUGGCCUAGGUCUGAUGUCGGUACAGUUUGGCGUCCUAGCGCGACUAACCUGGUGGGAAUACUCCUGGGAUAUUAUGGAACCGGUAACGUACUUCGUCACGUACGGUACGGCGAUGGCUGCUUACGCUUACUUCGUGCUGACCAAACAGGAAUACAUCCUACCGGAUGUGAAAGACCGUCAGCACCUGAUCACCCUCCACAAGUCGGCCAAGAAGGCCGGCGUCAACAUAGCCGAGUACAACGACAUCAAGCGACAGAUUGCGGAAAUCGAACACGAUCUGCGGCGGCUGCGGGAUCCGUUGUAUAUGCAUCUCCCAGCGCCGCCACCGAAAACACCGACCUACAGUGCCACCGAAAUAGCUACGUCCAAAAAAAUGCUGAAAGAAGCACUGGAAAAAGCCAAAGGUUCCGUCAACCAACAGGCGGUUUCAAAAAUCAGUUCCCUCCUCGAAGGAACCGGGAAUCCCUUCAGGAGUAAGAAAUAA